AUACAUUCAAGAUUGAAUUCGAAGGAAGGGAAAUCUGCAAAGUAGAAAAAUGCUCAACUUUAUGAAAGAAUUCAACACGAUUUACGCCGAUGAAAAGCCAGGCAUUGAAAGCAUUGCCGGCCGUUCGAACUUAAACGAUUUUCCUGUUUACGAGUCGUUUGAAUUCGUUGAGAACUCUCAGGAACUGAAAGAAUUAAGUAAGAAUCAAUACAGUGAAUUAAAAACUAACAGAAAGAAGGAACUUGGAGAGUUCAGGAAUCGAAAAGGACCUGAUAGUCAUAGGUGUUCAGAGUAUUCAUCAAAUGGAGAAGAAUGUUCUAAGAGUGCCACAGAAUCAGAAGCCGACGGGAGGAAGAAGGUUUAUUGCAAAUGGAAUCCGGCGGAUUAUGACAAUCCAGACGUGGUUGCCUUCUUGGAUGACAGCAGUUAUGACUUGUUCAAGGAUAUUUUGUCGGACACAGAAUCCAUUAGCCAGGAAGACUUUUCGAUAGACAAAUAUAAAUCAGACCGUUUUAAUCUUUCUUCCUUGCUCAAUUCUGAUUCAGAAAGCUGUGACUCAACCAAAGAAACUCUGGAAAGGUUGGCACGGAUUGCUAAUGACUUGGAAUUCAUGGCACAUGAUGACUGCAUAAAUGAGCAACCCAAUAAUUUCAAAAGGUUCCUGAUGGAAGAUAAAGAAGAAUUCAAUGAAGAGGAUGAUAUUCUGAUUAACCACCCUAUUAAAAAGAUUGUAAACUCAAUUCACCUGUAUGAAAAGGGGGUAAAAAAUCAAUGUGGAACUGAGCAACAUGGUGACAAAAGGUUGUCAAUGAAAGACGAAGAAGAUUUCCAAGGCAGAAAUGAGAUUUUAUUUCAGUUAAUCAUAGGGGCUCAGAGAGAAAAGGAAGAGAUAGCAUCCUCCAACCUUUCAUUAUCUUCCACAACCUCCGCAGCAGACUGCCGAAAAAGCAACGCCUGCAUCACAGGUGACUUGGGGGCAUCCAUGCCAGAUGCAGCAGAAGAUUGUCAACAGAUUCUUGAACCUGAAAGUACAAUGUCCUCUAACAUUGAAAGCUUUAGAACUUCGAGUGAGGGAGAAUCUAUAGCUAGUUCCACUGAAGCUAAUCGUCCUUCAUGGCCGAUAGAAAAACCAGAGGGUACCACUAGCAUCUCUAUUCCUUCAAGAAUCCGAAAAGCCAACGCACAAUCUUUUGCUUUCCCCAUGUAUUUCCUAAUCCUAUUUACAUAUAGUCAAUUUAUCAUCCUCUCUGUGCCUAAGCUUUUUGAGCAGGCUGUUAACAUUUCUGCUUUAUAUUUUCAGAUUGACCCCAGAAUUGCCUGGAAGCCCUGUAAGAAUAGGUACUGGUGCCAGACAACGGCUGGCAACCGCUAAUGGACUGAGGCAACUGCGUAAGACCCGACGUUGGAAAUCUAUUGUUUGCUGCAAAUUUGUCAAAUGAAUCCCAAGAAAUGUUCUCUUUUUUACCUUUCAUAUGCUCAUCUUUCUAAGCAUUAUACAUAGCAGGGAUUUUCUAUAGCAGCUUAAGCUUGAUGUCUUCUUGGUAUAAAGAUGUUGCUGCUUAGCUUAAUUUUAUAUUUGAAAAUUCAUUUUGUAAUAGAAAAUUUUAAAUCAAUUCUUAUAAA